AUGCAGCUUUCCGUUCUCUGGAGGGCACCCGAGGUGAACCCUAUCAACCGCAAGGCUCGCAGUAUCCCUGUGUUCAACAUCUUCAAUGUCUACGCACGAGCCUUCCACUUCUCGUGGCUUGGCUUCAUGAUUGCUUUUUGGGCCUGGUACACCUUCCCGCCUCUUUUGACGGUCACGAUCAAGAAGGAUCUCAAUCUUACCACGGCUCAAGUCGCAAACUCCAACAUUGUCUCCCUGGUCGCAACACUCUUCAUGCGGCUCAUUGCUGGGCCCGCCUGCGAUAAAUUCGGUUCACGUAUCGUUUUUGGCUCGCUGCUUCUUAUCGGCACUAUCCCCAUUGGCCUUGCACCGCUGGUCAAGGACGCCACAGGCUUAUACAUCUCCCGCUUCUUCAUCGGUGUUCUUGGCGCCACUUUCGUACCCUGCCAAGUGUGGUGCACUGGAUUCUUCGACAAGAACGUUGUUGGAACCGCCAAUGCAUUGGCUGGCGGUUGGGGUAACGCAGGUGGUGGAAUCACCUACUUCGUUAUGCCUGCAGUCUACGACUCUUUCGUCCACGCACGUGGCUACUCCCCUGGUCAAGCUUGGCGGUUGACCUUCAUCGUACCCGUCAUCUGCCUUUUCUGCUGCGGCAUGGGUCUUCUCCUCCUCUGCGAAGAUACACCGACGGGCAAAUGGGCAGACCGCCACCUCCAUGCCCAGGAGAAUCUCCACUCUCACGGUGUUGAUGCCGUUGUGCGAUCCGAUGUGGUCGAUGUUCCCGGCGGCAUCACUGACCGCAACACAGGCUCAAUGGCAUCUGAUGAGGAAAAGAACAGCACUCACGGCAAGAACGGCGUUGUUUCCGACCACGAGGCCACCCUCUCCCGGACCGAGAUGAUCGAGACGGCACAAGCCGACACUGUCGUUAGCCCGUCCUUCAAGGAAGCUAUGCAGGUCAUUGCCUCUCCCCAAACAGUAUUCCAUGUAGCCACCUACGGCUGCUCCUUCGGCGGCGAGCUGGCAAUCAACGCCAUCCUCUCUUCCUACUACCUGAAGAACUUCCCCUCCCUUGGCCAGACUGGUGCCAGCAACUGGGCUGCCAUGUUCGGCUUCCUUAACGUCGUUACCCGCCCCGCCGGUGGUGUCGUGUCUGAUCUGCUCUACCGCUACGGUGGCCAGAAUCUCUGGCUUAAGAAGGGCUGGAUCACGACUUGCGGCGUUCUCACCGGCGCUCUCCUGAUUCUCAUUGGUCAACUCAACCCUCACAACGAAUCGACCAUGUUUGGUCUCGUCUUCUUGAUGGCUGUCUUCCACGAGGCAGGCAACGGCGCCAACUUUGGACUCAUCCCGCACGUUCACGGCUAUGCCAACGGUAUCGUGUCUGGUGUCACCGGCGCCGGUGGAAACUUUGGCGGUGUCAUCUUUGCCAUCAUCUUCCGCUUCAUGGACCAGGGCACGAACUAUGCAAAAGGCUUUUGGGUUAUUGGCUGCAUUCACAUUGCAAUCAACCUGCUGGUCUCUUGGAUUCACCCACUUCCCAUGGCUCAGCGCCACUAG